UGGGUCAAAGGUGCGGGUUUAAGUGCUUCCGUCACUUCUUGGCGACGCAGGUAGGAUAAAGCGCCGGGAAGAGGCGGCGGAGCAAGGGCUGAGGAGGCGAUUGAGGCCGGACGCGGCGGUCGACUGAGCAGCCAGAAGCAGAUCAGUUCAAAGGCUACAAUGAUGUGGCCAGAGUCGGCUGAUUGGUGUGGACCAUCAAUCCCAUGACCUGAAAUGGUGGUCAACUAUGGGACACCCAGGACGAAUAGACCUGAGAAGUUUUAAAGGUUGGAUGCACUCAGACUUCCAGAAUGAGGAGAAUCAGUGCCCUGUGUGUCAUGGCCUUCCCAAUCUGGAGACAACUGGAUCAUCUUUCAGCAUGUGUCACAAGCUUGUGAUUGGCACAGUUGAAGAAUCUAGAAUUUACAGACUAGGAGUAAAUGCAGAUAUGUUGCAUAACUCUCAAUCAAAUGAUAUUCCUCAACGUCGUGACUCAAGUUACAGUAGCCCAACUAACAAGCAUUCACUGGAAGAGGAUGAAAGCAGUAACUUUAUAACACAGAGCAGGGAUUUGCUGAGCCCAGUGUACUGCACACAAGAGUCAAGAGAGGAACCUCCAGGGCCAGAAGCUGGAGCAGAUCCCUCUGAUGUUCAGCAAGAUUCAGAAUGCCGCAGAAACAAAGAAAAUAUCUUAGGAAAAGAAGUAGUAUUAUUGAUGCAAGCCUUAAACACUCUUUCAACUCCAGAGGAGAAGCUGGCAGCACUGUGUAAGAAAUAUGCUGAUCUCCUGGAGGAGAGCAGGAACGUUCAGAAGCAAGUGAAGAUUCUGCAGAAGAAGCAAGCCCAGAUCGUGAAAGAGAAAGUUCAGUUGCAGAGUGAACACAGCAAGGCUAUCUUGGCAAGAAGCAAACUAGAGUCUCUUUGCAGGGAACUUCAGCGUCACAAUAAGACAUUAAAGGAAGAAAAUAUGCAGCAGGCAAGAGAAGAAGAAGAAAGACGUAAAGAAGCAACUGCACAUUUCCAAUUUACUUUGAAUGAAAUCCAGGCACAACUAGAACAACAUGAUGUACACAACGCCAAACUUCACCAGGAAAAUAUUGAACUGGGAGAGAAACUGAAGAAGCUCAUUGAACAGUAUGCAUUGAGGGAGGAGCAUAUUGACAAAGUGUUCAAACACAAGGAACUGCAACAACAACUUGUGGAUGCCAAGCUUCAGCAAACAACACAGCUCAUAAAGGAAGCUGAUGACAAACAUCAAAGAGAAAGAGAGAUGCUAUUAAAAGAAGCAACAGAAUCGAGGCACAAGUUUGAAGAAAUGAAACAGCAAGAAGUACAGUUAAAACAGCAGCUUUCUGUUUAUAUGGAUAAGUUUGAAGAAUUCCAGACUACCAUGGCAAAAAGCAAUGAACUGUUUACAACCUUCAGGCAGGAAAUGGAAAAGAUGACAAAGAAAAUUAAAAAACUGGAAAAAGAAAUGGUAAUAUGGCGUACCAAAUGGGAAAAUAAUAGUAAAGUACUUCUGCAAAUGGCUGAAGAGAAAACUGUCCGUGAUAAAGAGUACAAGCCCUUUCAAAUAAAACUGGAACGAUUAGAGAAGCUGUACAGAGCUCUUCAGAUGGAAAGAAAUGAGCUCAGUGAGAAGGUAGAAAUCCUGAAAGAGCAGGCCUCUGUAAAAGCAGCAGAUGGAGAUUCAGCAACACCUAUGAUACAGCCCUGCACUGCUCUUGAUUCUAAGAAAGAGCUGAACACCUCCUCUAAAAGAGCUCCAGGAGGCAACCUGAAAGCUAAGCCCAAAGGAACAAAUGAAACAAAAUGCAGCUUAAAAGAUCCUCUCCAUGUGAUCUCUCUGGGCAUUGAUUCAGUUGACUAAGAUGAAGUGUGAUCACUGUAAUGAGAGAUAUAUUUUGCAUAUAACUUUUCUGUAGUAGUUCCUCUUCCUUUUGUGAUGAAAAAUUUCUUACUUUUUCUACCGUAUCUGUAUUUUCUUAGCUGUUGGACUACAUGGUACAGGAGGCUGCUUAGCAGUCGGGCAUUGUUUUAAAGUAUACAUUUUUCCACAGCUGUAUUAUACACAUCUGCCUUAUUUUUCCUUCAUUGGACUGUAUGUGUUCAUCGCCUUGUUCUUUGAAUGUAUCAGUUCAUCUGCUCAUUGCCUUCUCCCUGCCUCUUGCAUAUAUUUAUCAGAAUUAAAUUGAGACUUGUCUGAUAAUGGUUCCUCUUUGUAAAAACUAAUACUAAUUUAAACUCUAGUUCAUUAAUGUAAAAGAGAGAAAAUAUAAAGAUGAUUACUUUUGUCUAGUAGCUCAUUUAAAUGCCAGGUAGAAAUAAAAGUGCAGUAUGUGAUAUGAAAAAACACAGCAUAUUUGAUUCAGAUUAGUUUUUUAUAAUAUUUUUAUCGCUUGACAAACUGAGAUAACUGUAAGUUUUGACUCCUUCAAAGUUGUGGCAAUAUGUAAAUGAAGUUGUUGGACAGACAGGUUGAAUGUGAAUGUGAAUUUAAAAUAUUUGUAUUCCUUUAGUUACAGGUUGGAACAGAUGACUGAAGAAAAAAAUUAGUAUUUAGAUCUUUGCAUUUAAAAUGGGGAACUUUUCUGAAGUUUGAAUUUUGUUCUUUAACUUUGUUAGUUUGAUGUUUAACAGCUGAAUAAUCUUAUUUAUGUGUUCCUGUCGCAUUUAUGAUCUAAAAUGGAUUCAAAAUUUAAUUAUAUAAUGGGAAAGAGAGCCCCGAAUGUGAGAUACUUACAAAGUUCCAUCACUGACCUUGAUGAUCAAGGGUCCACACAGUACAUGAAAGCAAAACGACGUACAUGAAAAUUGACUUAACUACCCUGCCAAAAUUAACAAAAGCAGAUAAAGUUCUUUAACAAAUUUUUAUAAAUAUCUCCUGUAGUUACUGAGUUAAAUAUUGGACUCACUUCUAUGAGAGGAAAUAAACAUGUAUGUUAGAAGUAAGAAUUUACCUUAAAACUAAUGUGAUUGAUCAUAUUUCACCAGAACCCUGCUGCAUGUAUCCUGACAUUUAAUGUUAAGGUAGUUGUGUGGCCCACCACACUUCUUUGUGGCACUUGUUUUCUGUGGAAAGUAAAUCUUGGGCUGAAAGCAAUGUGGUUGACACCAUUUAAGUCUACUGUUUUGGGUGUAGCUAGGUGUAUUAGAUAAUUGUGUGAAAUAAUAUAGAGAUAUACAAUCUUCUAGAGUUGUAAAAUCUAUAGUGGCAGUGGAUACCAAGGUAUAAAAAAAAUGUGGGUGUAGAAUAAAUGACCAUUUUAUUUUGAGAUGUGUAGGAAGACAUUUUGUGGUUACGAGACCAAUUUUUUUUGUUACUUUUGAAACUAUCUUCUUACAGUUGGCUAUCACCAUACAUUUCUCAGGUGUUGCAGAAUUACCUACCUCUUUCAUACUGUAAAUGAAAAACUGAAAAGAGUGCUAAAAACACUGCUUUAUUUUUACAGCUUACAUUUUUCCUGAAGAUAAAAAAUUG